UUUAGACCUGCGCCGUUUGAAACGGUUCCAGAAAAAAAAAUUGGAAAAUUUGUGAGGAAUUUAUCGGAUUUUAAGUUUAUACUGAAUAAUGUAGAACAAAGAUGUGUGAUUACAAUCAUAUGAGAUCACCUGGGCUAAACCCUUCUGGACUCAUUGACCAUGUGUCAUCUUUGUCAAACAACCUUGGAGAAUUGAUAGAAAACUCUGAGUACAGUGACAUAACAUUAGUUGUUGAAGACCGAAGAUUCCAGGCACAUAAAGUUAUAUUAGCUGCUAGAUCAGAAUAUUUCAGAGCUAUGUUAUUUGGUGGACUGAUGGAGUCCCGACCAGGAACCAAUGAAAUUAAACUACAAGACACGUCAGCUAAAGCUUUCGAAGCUAUUCUCAAAUAUAUGUACACAGGCAAAAUGAACUUAAUGGAAGUGAAGGAGGAGCAUCUGCUAGACAUUCUUGGUAUGGCCCAUAGGUAUGGGUUUACAGAGCUUGAGUCAGCAAUAUCAGACUACUUGAAAGCUAUACUCAACAUACGAAAUGUGUGUCUUAUAUAUGAUCUAGCCAAUAUUUACAGUUUACGCAGUUUAUGUGAGACCUGCAAGGAAUUUAUGGACAGAAAUGCCUCACAGAUUUUACAAAGUGAUGCUUUCCUCACAUUAUCAAAGCAUUCGGUGAAAGAGUUGAUAUCAAGAGAUUCAUUCUGUGCUCCAGAGAUAGAGAUAUUUAUCUCCAUUCAGAAAUGGGCAGAUGACAAUGAGGGGGAGGACCCCACCCCCAUCCUCGAGUCUGUCCGACUUGCACUCAUGUCCAUGCAUGAGUUACUGAAUACAGUGAGAAAUACAUCGUUUGUUUCACCCGAUGCCAUACUUGAUGCAAUAAAACUUAAAACAGAAUGUAGAAAUAUGGAUUUAAAAUACAGAGGAUUUAAAAUACAUGAGGAAAAUGUGGCAACCACAAGGUAUGGAGCACAAGUGAUACGUGGAGAAAUGAAGGCCGCACUGCUGGACGGUGACACAUCUACAUAUGACCUUGAUCGAGGAUUCACGAGACACCUCAUUGACGAUAAUAACGGACAGGGUAUCGUAAUAAAACUGGCACAGCCUUACAUCAUCAACACAAUAAAACUGUUAUUGUGGGACAGAGAUCAAAGGUCAUAUUCAUAUUAUAUAGAGGUAUCGAUGGAUGACAAGGAUUAUGAGAAAGUAAUAGAUUAUACACGUUACUGGUGUAGGUCGGAGCAAACAUUACAUUUCCCUGCUAAAGUUGUCAGAUAUGUAAGAGUUGUGGGCACACAUAAUACUCAGAACAGGGUAUUUCAUCUAGUCUCUUUCGAAUGUUUCCACACGACAAAACCUUUCAAACUGGAAGAUGGCCUUAUUGUUCCUGAGGAAAAUGUUGCAACCAUUCCAAAGAAUGCAUGUGUCAUAGAGGGAGUAAGUCGCAGUAGAAAUGCCUUACUUAACGGAGAUGUACGACAGUAUGACUGGGAUUCUGGCUACACCUGCCACCAGCUCGGCAGCGGUCACAUCAUAAUACAGUUACCACAGCCUUAUAUGUUAGAUUCUAUGAGGAUAUUAUUAUGGGACUGUGAUGACCGUUCGUACUGUUUCUAUAUAGAAGCCUCUGUGGACAACACAAAUUGGAAAAUGAUUUGUGAUAAAAGGAACUCACCUUCCAAAUCUUGGCAAGAUAUAACAUUUCCAAAACAACCAAUAGCUUUUGUUAAAAUAGUAGGAACUCAUAACACAGCAAAUGAGGUGUUUCAUUGUGUUCAUUUUGAAACUCCAUCAAAAGCUGCUGGAAUGUCAGCAGUGAGAACAACUCCACCUGGCAGUCCAUGUACAGUGAGUGGAAAUAACCAGAAUGAGCGCAGUCUGUCACCCAGGCCUGCAAUCAGUAUGAACCAAGGCAGUCUACAGCUUGCUGGGUUCCAGCCUGGGGUCGGGAACAACUUGGUUGGUGCAAGUAUGUCUGUGAAUGUCAGUGGAGGAUUAGUUAGAGAAAGUUUGGAUACACCAGAGUCCGAGAGGCAGGAAAUAGACAGUAAUUCAUCGACUUCUGAGUCGGAGAGAAGAUGAAAGGAGAAUGUGGCUGAACACUGCAUGUUCUGUUGUAUAUACUCACAUUGCUUAUUUAUUUUACAGUGACACAGUUGAAGGGGAAUUUAAAUGUUUUAACUCUGAUAUAGUGACAUCCUGUUUAAACAUUGCGGUGGAUCAGUUAGAUAUUUUGUGUUGAAUAGAUUUUGCUCAUGAAGGUUUCAGAGUUGUUAAAGUUUGCAGAUCAGUUUUGUUUUAAAAACAAUGGUUAUCAUCUCUUUUGCCUCAGAAGUGGAAACUGCUAGCCAUAGAAUCAAAAUGUGUCUACACAAUAAAAUAAUUGUUUUCCCGACUGACAGAUUUUGCCAUGUAAUUUAAGCUAGUAUUUCAUCCAUGUAGCUAAUAUUGUUAUAUUGCACAGAGAGAGCUGUGGGUGUUAUGUUUAUAUUAUGGAUCUCAUACUGUCAAAAAAAUUAUGCAGACAAAAAUGAUAUUUUUUAAGAAGGCAAAAUGCUUAAAUGGGUUUUAUGCAUUUGUUUAUGUAGAAUUGAUGGAUUUUGAUAGGGACAGAAUUUUCUGUUUCAAAAUAUUUCUUUUUAGUUGAUUUUUAUGCCCCCGAAGGGAGGCAUAUAGUUUUUGAACCGUCUGUCUGUCGGUCUGUCAGUCUGUUGGUCUGUCCGCAAUUUUCGUGUCCGGUCCAUAUCUUUGUCAUCGACGGAUGGAUUUUCAAAUAACUUGGCAUGAAUGUGUACCACAGUAAGACGACGUGCAGUGCGCAAGACCCAGGUCCGUAGCUCAAAGGUCAAGGUCACACUUAGACGUUAAAGGAUAGUGCAUUGAUGGGCGUGUCCGGUCCAUAUCUUUGUCAUCGAUGGAUGGAUUUUCAAAUAACUUGGCAUGAAUGUGUACCACAGUAAGACGACAUGCAGUGCGCAAGACCCAGGUCCGUAGCUCAAAGGUCAAGGUCACACUUAGACGUUAAAGGAUAGUGCAUUGAUGGGCGUGUCCGGUCCAUAUCUUUGUCAUCGAUGGAUGGAUUUUCAAAUAACUUGGCAUGAAUGUGUACCACAGUAAGACGACGUGCAGUGCGCAAGACCCAGGUCCGUAGCUCAAAGGUCAAGGUCACACUUAGACGUUAAAGGAUAGUGUAUUGAUGGGCGUGUCCGGUCCAUAUCUUUGUCAUCGAUGGAUGGAUUUUCAAAUAACUAUGCUUGAAUGUGUACCACAGUAAGACGACGUGCAGUGCGCAAGACCCAGGUCCGUAGCUCAAAGGUCAAGGUCACACUUAGACGUUAAAGAUCAUUUUUCAUGAUAGUGCAUUGAUGGGCAUGUCGGUCCUUAUCUUUGUCAUUCAUGCAUGGAUUUUAAAAUAACUAUGCAUGAAUGUGUGACACAGUAAGACGAUGUGUCGCGCGCAAGACCCAGCUCCGUAGGUCAAAGGUCCUAAACUCUAACAUUGGCCAUAACUAUUCAUUCAAAGUGCCAUCCGGGGCAUGUGUCAUCCUACGGAGACAGCUCUUGUUAACUUGACUAUUUGAAGAAUAGUGAGAGCUGUUCUACUCACCCAGGUGUAGGCUUCACACCCACCUGGGUUAAAAUUUUGCAUGCAAGUUCAUAUCCCAGUAACCAUUGCAUGUAUUGGAUUGUUACUUUACACAAGGCUUUCUAGUCAUCAAGUCUAUGUUAGAUAACUUUUUGUUGAAUUUAAUUCAAAUUAUGGCCAUUUUUCAACUUAGAAAAUUUGGUUAAAGUUUUGCAUGCAACUAUGAAGCAGUUUCUCAAUUACAAGUACUUUAGAUUGAAACGUCACACUAUGCUUCCUAGUCAUCAGACCUACUAAAGUAACCAAGUAAGGUAACUCUUGUUUGAAUUCGAUUCAAAUUAUGGCCCUUUUUUGAAGUAGAAAAUUUGGUUGAAAUUUGUUAUAAAUUAAUAAAAUACUAAGUUACAAAAGUCUUGUCAAGUUAUGGCCCUUGUUUGACUUAGAAGCUGUCAAAUUGUCAAGUGACAGGUUUUGUUUUAGUCAAAUAUUUGCUAGAAUGAUAAACACUGAGACAACAGUUUUAUGUAUUAGUUAAAUUGCUGUUAUAUGAAAUAGGGCAAGUGAAGUUCUUAAUUGUCACUCUGUAGUUGAAUGACUAGCUGACAUGCAGUACUGAAUUGUUUUCAGAAGUAAAAUUGAUUUUAAUACUUCUGUUAGAAUAAAUUUGUUAUAAAUAAGGUAUUUUAUUAACUCUCAUAUUGUAGACUGAUUAUGAUUGUGUAUGAUACUUUAUUGGAUGUAUACAAGUUUUUCAUGUUUGUAUGUGCAAUGACCCUUAUUUAUAAUGAAACCCUGAUGCUCCCCUCCUCCCCUUGACCUUUUAGUUACUGUAUAUGUAGCAUUGAGCAGUGGUUGAGACUGGAGCAUUCUCAACCACUCUUACUGGUACAUUUGGCCACUGAAGUUGAUAUGUUACAUAUGGUAAAUAGUACACUACAAGUUGUAUAGUUCUUGUGUUAGUGUAAGAUUGUUGGCAGACUGGUAUCGGAAUGCCACAAGUUGUGUAGGAAUUGCAUUGAUAUAAGUUUCUAGACCAUUUUUUACCACAUUGCCUUCUUUAUAUAAUGAGAGUUUUUUCAAUAGUUUCUAUAUUAACCCUUAUCCUGCUGGACAUGAUUGAUUUUGCCUUUGCGACCAGUGUAGAUCAUGAUCAGUCUGCACAUCUGUGCAGUCUGAUCAUGAUCUGCACUGUCCGCCAUUCAGUCAGUAUCUUCUUUUUUUUUUUUUGGAAAGCACCCCUUUUAGCAGUUAAUGGUACUGUCUAAAAUUGAAUGACAGACUAGUUCAUUAUAGAAAUUUAGCAGGGUAAGGGUUAAACUAUUGUUUAUAUUGGCUGUUAGUUACACAUGCUGCUUUCUGUUUGUAGUUUACAAUGGAUGCUGAUUCAUUUUAUUGGAUGCUAGAAUACAGUAUAUAAAGGCAUGUACAUUUAAUUAGAUACUAACAUAUUACAGCAAGCAAAUCUGUCACAUGAUCAUUAUAAGAUGACUGUAACACACACAUACAAUUUUCAAAGAUGUUGUAACUUUCUUACCCCAAAGUCCUUAUUGAUACUAGCUGAAUUUAUAGUUCAGUGACAGAUAUUUCCUGAGAUUAGUGUUCAAGGCAAAUUAGCUGUCAUGAGAAGAAAUACAACUUCACAUUUUUCUUUGUUAACCUGUUAGAUUGUUGCUUUAUUAUAGCAUAUGUAUUCUUUGAAAUCCUGUAGUGACCUUGAGUAAUUGAUAUUAAGUAAUUGCUGCUGGCAAAGGAUGAUUUCUCUAGGUGAUAAAGGUAGGUAAAUAGAUAUCAAUCUUAUUAGAUUAUCAGAGAUAGAUGGUUGCAGACUAUAUAUAAACAAUGCUUGCAAUCAGUUAAAAGACAAAUAUUUUUUGCCAACCUAGUGGGGAAAGACAAGGAUAUCCUGGUAGUAGAAAACAUCAUUUCCCAAUGGAAAAUUUUGGCUCAGGCCCAUAUUUUUAUGUCGUAAUGAUGAGGUCAUAAAGUACAACAGGUGCUUGACAUGUAUCUUUAUGUAUAUAUAUAUAUAUAUAUAGGUAUAUUAAGUAGAUUAUUUGAUUAUGUGUCUAGCACCUGUGAAAGUACAUGCACAAUUUUACAACUUACAGUAUCAAAAAUUUUUGCAAAGGUUGACAAGAAAAAUGAUCUUACAUGUCUGCCUGUGUUGGUCAGGCGUUUUCCCAGCCCUAUGGACAGGGUGGGUAAGAAGCUAGGUAGCGCUCGGUUUCUCAUUCACCACUGGCCCUUGGGUUAGGAAAACCUUAUCCUACACUGGUAUGCAUGUAAGAUCCUUCUAUUAUCCUUCUGUUCCUUAAUUUUCAUGUUGGUUUUUUGAAAAUAUCAUUACAGAUGAAAAUAAUCUGUACCGUUGUGAAGUCCUUAUCAGCAACACUAGUUAUCUCCCCUAAAAAUUUUUGUUGUUUGCCUUUAGGAUACAGUGAAGUAGGUAAAGUAGUGUUACAGUGCCCAUAACGCCAUAAUUAAUUGAUUGCUUGAUUUAUCAUCUUAGCCUAACCUCUGUUAUUCAAGCAACUCCUAUCCUGUUUAUUUUCUAAAAAAAAAAAUUAUACUUUGUAUUUUUGUAAGUAGUUUUGCUAUUGUAUUAUGUGUUAACUUAAUUGACAUAAUCCCUGUUGGAUUUUUUUUUUUCAUUUUUAUACCAGAUACUUAAAAUUACCGGGGAAAAAAAGACCUCUCCAAGUUUUGAACCUGCCUGCUUAGCACAAUAGGGAGAGCGCAGAUCUACUGAUCAUGGGGACAGGAGUUUGAUCCCAGGGUGGGCUGUAUGUUCUCCGUGAUGAUUUGAUAAAAGACAUUGUGUCUGUAAUCAUUUGUCGUCCACAUCUGAUUAGGUUAACUGCCUGCCGUUACAUAACUGAAAUACUGUCGAAAAACAACGUUAAACCCAAAACAAACAAACAAAAUCUGCCCGAUUUGAAUAAAAUAUUUGAUGAUAAUCUAGCAAUUAAUUAAUUUAAUUUAAUAGUUUCCUAAAAUGGUGUAACAACUGCUUAAUCAGUUUUGCACCGUUGAAAAAAAUUAAUCAGACUGUAGGGAAUGAUUAAGUUUACAAAAUCAAGGUCUUGUCUCUGUUUUAUACUGAACUGUCUGACUUAUAUUGUCUGAAGUAUUUGAACAAUUUUUGUUGCCUUUGUCUGUGAUAUGUAUGUUGUACAGUAUAUUUAGUGGCUAUAUUUGUCCCCAAACUAUGCUGAUUGUCAUAUAAUAAGCUGCAUUUUCACCCAGUAUGCUGAUGAUAUAAAUUGCAAGGGUAUAUUAUAUGCAGUAGGAUAUAGACAUAUGAGCCAUGCCAUGAGAAAACCAACAUAGUGGGUUUGCGACCAGCAUGGAUCCAGACCAGCCUGCGCAUCCGCGCAGUCUGGUCAGGCUCCAUGCUGUUCGCUUUUAAAGCCUACUGGAAUUGGAGAAACUGUUAGCGAACAGCAUGGAUCCUGACCAGACUGCGCGGAUGCGCAGGCUGGUCUGGAUCCAUGCUGGUCGCAAACCCAUUAUGUUGGUUUUCUCAUGGCACAGCUCAUAUAUGGUUUUAUAAUAGUUUGCCAGUCACAUUAAAUGUAGUUGAUAGGUCACUAUAUUCUACACAAUUACCUAUUAUCCUGGACACCAGGGAAUUAACAACUUCUAAAUACUGUUAUAAACAGAGAAAUUAGAAAAUGUAGUAAUGGCAGACCUUUUUCUGUAAUUGAACAUUAUUAUUUGGCCUAAAUCUUGUACAUGAACAAUCAUACACUCAUAUUUCAGAAUUCAAAGUAUUCAGCCUGUCAAAAAAAAUGUGAUUUUGAGAUUUUUGCAAGUAUUUUACGAUAUGACUAACUUGGGAAAAAUAAAAGCAUGUUUGUUAUUUUGUGUUGAUAUUUUGAUGGUUCUCUGCUCUGUUGAAAAAAAAUCAAAAUAAAAGAAUUUUAGUGAAAGUUUUCA